UUUCACAAAAGCUGGCCGUCCGUCCAGAAGAAUAUAAAAGCCACAACCGAGAGGCGUCAGAGUUGGAUUUUCUUUCAUUUCACUUGCAAGUUUGCGAUUGUGGUCAUUCUUCGAAUCAAAAUGGCUCCCAAAAAGAAGCCACAGAAACAAAACAACAGCAACAAGAACGCCAGUAAGAAAUCGAAUUCUUCUUCUUCGUCGUCCUCCGGUCCACGCCUACAAAUUUCGGCCGAGAACGAAAACCGUCUGCGACGCCUUCUCCUCAACUCCUCCCGGCCUGCUGAGACAGCUCCGGGUCCGGCUGUAGACACUCUCUCUAAGUCUCAAAAGGCUAAGAAGCUCAAAGCUGUCUACGAGAAGCUCUCUUGCGAAGGGUUUUCUAAUGAUCAGAUUGAACUAGCUCUCUCUUCGCUUAAGGAUGAUGCUACAUUUGAGGCUGCUCUUGAUUGGUUAUGCUUAAAUUUGCCAGGGAAUGAACUUCCUUUAAAAUUUUCUAGUGGGACUUCUCAGCACUUGAAUGGAGGAGCUUCUGUUUCUGUCAUAUCGGUCGCACGGGAAGAUUGGACUCCAUCUGAUGGUCCAUCAACAAAUACUGAUGAGGAAGUGCAACAGUUUUUAGUUAGGACCAGAGGUUGUCAAGGUGAUGAUGCUCUAGAUUCAUGCCAACCAUCUCAGGCAGAUUGGAUCCGACAAUAUAUGGAACAACAAGAAGAGGAAGAGUAUGAAAGCUGGGAAGAUUAUGCUAUUGACAAGAGUAACAUCAAGGAGGUCCCCAAACCAAGGUCAUACGAUGUUAUUGCUAGAGAUUACCUUGAGGCUCGUUUGGAAGCUACAAAAGCUAAAGAGAAAGGGGACAAGAAGAGCCAAGAACGAGCAGGACAUAUGAUCCGCAAACUCAAGCAAGAGUUGUCGGCUUUAGGAUUAUCAGAUAAUGCCUUGGCAUCUGAGUUUGAGCUUGAACGUGCUUCUGGUUAUGCUUCAGCGGAUACGGCUUCUAGGUCCAUACCUUAUGAUAACCCUGGGGUUGGAACAUCAGGGGACAUAUAUGGUGAUUCAGAUAUUGUUGUGCACACAGAUGAAACAAUAGUUGGUGGAAACAAGGAGUUUCCACUCAAACCUAUUCCCUCUGGAGUAUCUGUUCAGGAGAAAGCAGAGGAUGAUGAACCAGAAGAUGUCAAGCUUGGUGGAUUUUUUUCAGAAGAUGCUGCAUCCAGUGAAGCAUUACCUACUGAAAUUAUGAGAUUGCAGACAAAAGAUAAGAUAAGGAUAUUAUGUAGCGACAAGAAUAUAGAGAAAUUAGAUGGCAUCUGGAAGAAGGGGGAGACACAGAAGAUUCCAAAAGCUGUUCUUCAUCAAUUAUGCCAAAGAUCAGGGUGGGAAGCACCGAAAUUUAAUAAAAUAGUUGGGAAAGAAGAUAGUUUCUGUUAUGCUGUUAGUGUAUUGCGCAAAGCUAGUGGCAGGGGCAAGAGCAGAAAAGCUGGCGGGUUAAUUACUCUUAAGCUUCCUAACCAGGAUGAAACCUUUAAAUCUGCUGAGGAUGCACAGAACAGAGUCGCAGCUUUUGCUCUUUAUCACCUGUUUCCUGAUCUUCCAAUUCACCUAGCAAUUACUGAGCCUUAUGCGUCACUUGUUUUGCAGUGGAUAGAAGGGGAAUCAUUAACUAAAAUUGAGGACAGUGAGGAAGAUCGAAGGGCCGGUUUUGUGGAUAAAUUGCUGAGCGAAGAUGGUUCUAGUUCCAAUGCUGUUCUUGAUGUUCCUGACAGUUUGGUUUCAGAUACGUUUCAGAGGUCCAAUGUUCAAGAAAAUAAAUAUUUGACAGUUGCAGAAGCUGAUCCAAUCGGUGGAAGAGUGAAAAAUCUAAAAGAAUCUGAGAGUUCUCGCCUGAAGCAGGAACAAGAAAAGAAAAAGAAAAUGCAGAAAUACAAGGAUAUGUUAAAAAUCAGAGAUUCUCUUCCAAUUUCUGUGCUGAAAGGUGAUAUAUUGAAACUGCUGAAGGAGAAUAAUGUCCUUGUUGUUUGUGGAGAAACAGGAUCUGGAAAGACUACUCAGGUUCCACAAUUUAUAUUGGAUGAUAUGAUUGAGUCAGGAUGUGGUGGACACUGCAGCAUUAUAUGCACACAACCAAGAAGAAUAGCGGCUAUUUCUGUCGCUGAAAGAGUUGCUGAUGAGCGCUGUGAAUCUUCUCCAGGUUCAGAUGGUUCUCUGGUCGGUUAUCAAGUUCGUCUUGAUAGUGCAAGGAAUGAAAGGACAAAACUUCUGUUUUGUACAACAGGCAUUCUUCUAAGGAAAAUUGCGGGUGAUAGAAAUUUAACAGGCGUCACUCAUGUCAUAGUUGAUGAAGUGCAUGAACGAUCUCUUUUGGGUGAUUUUCUGCUUAUUGUAUUGAAGGACCUGCUUGAGAAACAAUCUGCUAAUGGCUUAUCAAAACUGAAGGUUAUUCUUAUGUCUGCAACAGUUGAUUCAGAAUUGUUUUCAAGAUACUUUGGACACUGCCCUGUAAUUACUGCACAAGGCCGAACAUAUCCUGUGACAACAUACUUUCUUGAGGAUAUAUAUGAUAGUAUCAAUUAUCGCCUUGCUUCAGAUUCCCCAGCCUCUAUAAGAUAUGAAACAUCUGCAAAAGAAAUGCUGCUGAGUGGUCCUGUGAACAACCACAGGGGGAAGAAGAAUCUUGUCUUAUCUGCAUGGGGUGAUGAUUCUAUGCUCUCAGAAGAGUAUAUUAACCCCUAUUAUAUUCCAAGUUGUUAUCAAUCUUUCAGUGAACAAACACAGCAGAAUUUGAAAAGAUUGAAUGAAGACGUUAUAGACUAUGAUCUUCUUGAAGACUUGGUAUGUCAUGUUGAUGAAACAUGUAGUGAGGGUGCCAUACUUGUAUUUUUACCUGGAGUGUCAGAAAUCUAUAUUUUACUUGAUAGAUUAGUGGCUUCUUAUCGAUUUGGUGGACCAUCUUCAGAUUGGAUUCUUCCUUUACAUUCAUCCAUAGCAUCAAUUGAUCAGAAAAAGGUGUUCUUACGACCUCCUGAUAACAUACGGAAGGUUAUCAUUGCUACAAACAUUGCUGAGACAAGCAUAACAAUAGAUGAUGUGGUGUAUGUGAUCGAUUGUGGAAGGCAUAAGGAAAACCGUUAUAAUCCUCAAAAGAAAUUAUCAAGCAUGGUUGAAGACUGGAUAUCUCAAGCCAAUGCAAGACAACGACGAGGAAGAGCGGGACGUGUAAAACCUGGAAUUUGUUUUUGUUUGUACACACAUCAUAGAUAUGAAAAACUCAUGCGUCCUUAUCAGGUUCCCGAGAUGCUUCGGAUGCCUCUGGUCGAGUUGUGUUUACAAAUUAAGUUACUUUCGCUGGGACACAUAAAGGAAUUUCUGUCCAAGGCUUUAGAACCUCCCAGAGAAGAAGCUGUGAACUCAGCAAUUUCAUUGUUAUAUGAGGUUGGUGCUGUUGAAGGGGAUGAGGAGUUGACACCUCUUGGACACCAUUUGGCCAAACUUCCCGUUGAUGUAUUGGUUGGAAAGAUGCUGCUGUAUGCUGGAAUGUUUGGGUGCUUAUCCCCCAUUCUCUCAAUAUCAGCAUUUCUCAGUUACAAAUCACCAUUUGUUUAUCCGAAAGAUGAGAGACAAAGUGUUGAGAGAGCUAAAUUGGCUCUGUUGACUGAUAAGUUGGAUGGACCCAGCGAUUCUAAUGAUAGUUAUCAACAAUCUGAUCACUUAGUAAUGAUGGUGGCUUACAAGAAAUGGGAAAAGAUAUUGCAUGAGAAAGGAGCUAAAGCUGCCAACCAAUUUUGCAGCUCAUACUUUUUGAGCAGUUCAGUCAUGUACAUGAUCAGAGAUAUGAGGAUACAGUUUGGAUCAUUGUUGGCAGAUAUUGGGCUCAUUGGUCUUCCAAAGAAAUCUCAGGUGCCAUGCUUUUAUUUCAUUGGGAAAAAGAAAGAAAAGCUUGACAGUUGGUUUUCUGAUAAAUCACAACCAUUCAAUAUGUAUGCUCAUCAUUCAUCAAUCGUGAAGGCAAUAUUAUGUGCAGGUUUAUAUCCUAAUGUAGCUGCCACUGAGCAAGGCAUUGCCGGAGCAGUUCUCAAUAACCUUAGGAAGUCCAGUAGUUCUUCAGUAAAGGGUCAUCCAAUCUGGUAUGAUGGAAGAAGAGAGGUUCAUAUACACCCUUCUUCAAUCAACAAUAAUUUAAAAGAAUUUCAGCACCCAUUCCUUGUCUUCCUUGAAAAGGUUGAAACCAAUAAAGUAUUUCUGCGAGAUACCACCAUCAUCUCUCCCUUCUCUAUUUUAUUGUUUGGUGGCUCCAUCAAUGUUCAGCACCAGACUGGACAGGUCAAUAUAGAUGGAUGGUUAAACCUUAAUGCCCCAGCCCAAACUGCUGUCUUGUUUAAGGAACUGCGAAUAACUCUUCACUCUAAUUUGAAGAAGAUGAUUAGAAAUCCAGAGAAUUCAACGAUUGUAAAUAAUGAUGUUGUCAAGUCUAUUAUCCAUCUGUUGUUAGAAGAAGAAAAACCCCAAAAGUAAUUUAUCAACACCAGGUGGGGCACUGGCUAUCUACGUAAAUUUGAUGAAAUGAUCUUUGUAAUCCCUGGGGUAUGCCGAUUUAGUGGGUACAAUACUUAAUUCUACAGCUGCUUUUUAUUAAAGUACUAACCGGGAUUCCAUACACUUGAAGCCCCAGCAGGAGAUACUUGGUAGCAGGUUAACAAUAUGCGAGAUCUAACUGGAAUUGUCUGCUUACUGUUUCCUACUAUUUUACAAGGUUUAGCUCUUCGGAAGCUGAGGUAUGUAGCAAACAUCAAUGACCAUUUUGCUGAACUUGGAGGAGGAUUAUGAGAAACAUAACUUGUAGAAAGUAGCUAUGAAAAUUUGGCGAACAUGGGAGGUUGUUCAAAAGUGUAUUAAUUUAUUAUUAAAGAACAUUAACAGAUGUUUUAGGGAAUUUUGGCGUAUUUGUUAAAAGCCUACACGAGAAGUGUGAUGGAAACCGAAAUAAAAUUAGGGGAUACAUUUAAGUUCA